CCGCCGCCUUCUUUCACGCGUGUUGACGACACGGAGCGAUGCGUGGUCACGUCUCAGUUUUAACUUCCGUAACUUCACUGAUAUGAACAGGGCAAGCUGAGACUGCUAUUAGCGUUCACGCAAUAGUGACAAAAGAGUUUGUCAAGAUGUGGGAUUCAGACUCGGACAGUGACUGUUGCGAGGAAUAUUUUGAAUAUGUACAACAAAUGAAAUCUAAACAUCUUUCUGCACAAGAUAAAGUGACCACCUACAAUCCCCCAGAUGAAGUUAUUGAACGAUGGAUAAAUAUCCCGUUCGAUAUGAGAAUGUUGGCUCUACUGCGGAUGAAGCUUUGUGCCUUCUGGCUUCCCAUGCUGCUGGAGCGUAACCAAUCCAGCUCUAUGGCCCAGUGGGCUUUAGAAAUCGGUCUCAUCAACUCAAAUCAUGAUAUCAGCAUGAAGCAACUGAAAAAGAUAGAAAUAGUGGAAGCCGUGUUCAGAGCCCUGGAGAUAGGCACGCUGAAAAAGGAUCAAACAAAGCACGUGUUCUGGAUCAGCAGAAAGUUUUGCUUGCGCUCCCCUGAGGUGUUCGAAGAUGCCAUACAGUGGUUGGAGCGCGCAGGAGAACCUUUGGCUCGCCAGCAUAUACAGGAUUUUGGACUUGUUAGCACGGGCUACAAAGUCCUGCUGGGCCUCUUCACAGAGUUUGCUCGGUUUAUUUACAAAAUGGGAACCAACUUUGAGAGGACAAUGAAUGCACUGCUGGUUCAACCAUCUGGACGUUGUAAAGAGAAAUGUGAAGAAAUGAAGAAGAAAGGAAAUGAGAAAUUUCAGAACCAGGAGUAUGAAGAAGCUGUAAAGUUUUAUUCCAAAGCCAUCACAUUUAACCCGGAAAAUCACAUGGUUUAUGGAAACAGAGCCCUGUGCUUCAUCCGCUGUAAGAAGUAUCAUAAAGCCAUGUGUGACGGGAAACGUGCCAUUCUGAUCGACCCACUCUGGCCAAAGGGUCAUUACCGCUUCUGUGAAGCCUUGUCCUUGUUGGGAGAGCGCAAACUGGCGAUUGCAGCAAACAAAUUAGGCCGGUAUUUGUGCGGGAGUGACCAAGAGGGGUACAAAGACCUUGAACACCAACACCAGAAGUUUGUCAUUGAAAUGGGAGAAGUUGAGCGACCUUUAACACAGAAUAAACAACCAGACGGCUCUAAGAAAACAAAUGUAGCAGAGUCAAAACCACAGACGUUUAUGAUGGGUGCAGCCAUUAGGAUACCUCAACAGACUAAGGCUCCAGAGGUCAAAACCAGCAAGAAACCAGACGUUAAAACCAACAAGCAACCCGGUAAAAAUGAGAAGACAACACAGGCGGAGAGCGCAGCUAAAGGCUCUAAAGCAGCCAAAAGUGAGUUACCUUCAAAGAGUGCACAAGGAGAGUCGUGCACGGCUGCAGCCAAGAAAGCAAAGAACAAACCCUCUCAGGCUCAGAAUGAGAAACCUAAAGCGGUCAAUCUUAAAGUGGCCGUGUGUAAAGAGUUGAAAUCGGUGGUGCAUGAUGCUCACACCGCUCUCACUGACCUCCGCAGCCGCAACGCAGAACAGGCCUUCAGCCAGGCUCUGGUUACUGUGGAGGCCAACAACCCCAAGGAACUUGGACUCUCCACCCUCGAUGUGCUGUUGUUGCUGUACGGCCGAGCGUCUGCCCUGACAGAGAUCGGUCAGCCUGAGGAACUUGGAGAAGCACAGAGACUUCUGCAGAAGAUCAAAUCAUAUGAGGAAAGGACGUUUCAGUGUCUGGUUUUCUACGCCAUCGGGAGGGUGUAUCUCAGAGAGAACAGGUUUGCAGUUGCUCUGGAGCAGUUUUCAGAUUCUCUGCAGAUGGUGAAGAAUCAAAUCACACCUGGAAAACUCACCUGGCCUUUGACCAAAGAGAUCGUCAAAGAAACACAGCCCGACUAUUUCAAGGAUAUUCUGGAGAAUAAUUUAGAGUUGUGCAGAUUUCCGCCUGCUCCUGACGCCAUUUGUCGACUCGUCAAAUGCCUCGGUCAUUCUAAAACAGAAAUCUACAUCACAGACCCAAAUUUUAAGGGCUUCAUUGAAAUAAGCUGCUGUCAGAGCUGCACUGUUGAAUACCACAUCGCCUGUUGGAAGACACUCAAGACAUCACCAGUUUUUGAAAAGAGUGAGAAGGAUUUCCUGCUAGAGUCCUGUUUUACUCCAGACUGUGUCGGUAAAAUCUGUAAUAUCAAAAUCUAUGGUCCAACAGGCCUGAUAAAAUGUAAGUUUGAAGCAGAUGUCCCCAAACCUCAGAUGCCAAAGAAGCCAAAAGUGAACCAGAAAUGUACAAGUCUGAAGAAGCUCAAAUCUAAAGAGGAGCAUCGACAGAAGAGGAGGCAGUUCAAGCAGUCUUUCCAAAAUAAUCAGGUGAUCAACGAAGAGAGUCCGCAGAAGAAAGAAGACUCAACAUCUCAGAGUCAACAGAAAGCCUGGCUGCUGUACAGGGAUCGAGUUCUUCUGCAGAUCAGCCAGAACAUGGAGCUGCUGAGGGAGGAGAAAGGUCUCCACGUGUCGACCCUGACCGGCACUCUGAAGCCGUGGCUGGAGCUGGACUUGUCGAAGGGGAACCAGAUCGCACAGCGCAUACUGAACUUGCAGCAGGAGGAGCAACCUGACCUGACUCUGGGUCACACGGUUGAGCUUCUGCUGGAGAGAAAGAAUCGGGUUUGGGCGCGAGUCUUUGUUGAAGUGCUGAGCAGCUGUGACGACCUGAAUCCUAAACUCAACAACUGGGCGUGCCAUCUAAACGAUGCAGGUCUGAAUGCUGCCAAAUCCUUCAUCGAACGCUACGCAGGACACCUGGAGCAACUGGACUUGGCUUUUUUGCUCAACUUUAGUCCGUUGCAGGAGGUGAUUAUAGAGAAGUUCGGCACUAGGCCGGAACCUUUUUCAAGCAUUGGCUUGACAGUGACUGAGUACCUAAAACAAGCUCCGCCUCAUGACAUGAGACUGUUUAUCUGGACUCUGGAGGAGCAUAGAGACGAGUAUGUCUCCUGCCACUCUAUGCUGGAUGAAUAUUUUGAUAUGAUGGAUGGACAUUGUUCAGUCUUAAAAAAGUCUGAUGAAAAUGAAAAUAAUUCUCCUAUGAAGAGUCGACGUCGAAAAAAAAAGCACAGAGAGCCGAUGGGUGUUUUUGUUUUCCCUACAAGAAGUCUAACGCCAAGAGAUGAGUUUGAUCAAGACUAUUUUGAAGAUGACUCUUUAUCAUUUCUUCACCCUGGUGAUCCCUUCAGUGUGCCCAGUCAUCUUCGGGAACAGGUGGCAGAUUUUGAGGAGCAGUACAACAGCACUCGACACGGAAGUCACUAUAAAAAUAUUUUGGACAACAACCCAGACCCGACUAAAGAGAGUUUGUAUGACUACUUUGCUCAGAUCUUGGAGGAGCACGGCCCACUGGAAGCUGAGGACCGUUUGUUGGUGGGUGAACUGGACAAUUUCCCUCCUGUGGCUCAGGAGAAGAUCCAAGAAGCUGGCGGCUUCAAGUCGUUCCUCUUGGAGUCCCUUCGCUUCAUACAGAUGGGGAGGUGUAUCGGCCUGACUAAGCACGCUGUCUCCCUGCAGCAGGCUGGACACAGAGCCAGCCUGGACGACCUGGACGACCUGGAUAACCUGGAUGAACUGGAUGACCUAGACGAAUUAGUGGAUCCUCAGACAAGAUAUCCAUCUUUUGAUUCAAAGACUGGUCAUGAAGCUGCUUUUACAGGGUAUCCAGAUGGUAUUUCAUCCGCACAGACUCAAGUGUAUCCCAUCCUCCCAAAUCCAUAUGGAGUGUUUGUUUUUGGCCACCAGCCUCCUCCACAUGUACUGUCAGCUGGUGGUGUAACUGUGGGUAAUGAUUGCCUUUCUCAGUGGACUAACGGUGACAGUCAACAGCAGGCUCCUUAUUUUGUUCCUAACGGCAAUGAAGAGACGGAUCUAUAUUGCAGUGACGGUGAAGGUGGACUCACAGAAACGGAUUCAUCUUCAGGUGGAGUCGCUUCAGUGUCGAGUGAGGAAAGCCUUCUGAAGAAACAUGUUGCAGUUCAGACGAGUCAGGAGUCCAUGAGGAGUGUAGCAGUGAAUACAGAGCUUCAUGAGCGUUUCGAGAGCUGUCAGGGUGACCUCAACAAAAAACAAAAGAGAAACAAAAUGUUGGAGCUGCAGAUCAAGAAAAUAUCAAACAGCCGUGACAAAGUGGAACUGAGGCACAAAGAAGACCUCGCUGUCCUCGAGGAAGACAUUCAGAAGGUCACUGCAAACAUACAGGUGACGAACACAGAGCUGGCACUGUUCCAGCAGAAACUUGAAGAGGAGGUGAAGAAAGACCAGAACGAGAAGAAAGCCAACCAGGAGGCGCUGAAGUCCCUCAAAGUGGAGAUGGAAACCCUGGUGGAGGAGCAGAGGGGUCUUACUCGAGAUAUCCGAGGGAGGAAAGGCAGCUUUGACGCAAAGUUGAAGGAUUUCUUGGAGCUGAGCAACCAGUCAGCAGCUGAGAAGAUGAGUCUGGAGGAUGAGAUCAAACGCUGUAAGGCCUCAUUAACCUCGGCUAGCAGGAAGUCUAAAAAUGCUCAGUUGUCUGUGGUGGAGAGCAGUCAGGAUCAGAGUCUGUACAGCCUCCAGAGAGAGCUGGCGGACAACAAGGCUUUUCUGACCAAACUGGACGAGGCCAUACACAGAUACCCAAACCAAGACCUGGAAGUAACCAGGAACACACACAGAGCCAACGUGCAAGAUAUCGAAAAGAAAAUCUCCACCCUUGAGACUCAGUUCAAGGAGCAGAUGGAUCAGGUGAAGAACGGCAGAAAAGUCCACGAGCUUCUUCCAGUCAACGUCAGCAAACAGAAUGGACCUCCAGCUGCACCAACGUCUGGUGCAGCCCGCCCGCCCUCAGCCCAGGCCUCCAGCAGCUCUCCUCCUCUCGGCCAACAGGCUGAGGCUUCAGCUGCUCCGCCAAAGGCGCAGAACAAACCUCCGACCAGGACGAUGGGGCCUCCACACAGCACCACUGUGUUUAAUAAAGCCAUAGAGCACCUGGCCAGCAUGUUCCCUGACUACACAAGGUCAGAGUUGAUGAAGUUUUUUCAGGAGUUACGAUCAUCCAACGGCGGAAGCCUGAGCAGCAUGGCCUUACAGGAUAUGGUCGGUGGAGUGAGCCAGCUCAUCCUGGACCAUCAAGAGACGCUUUAUUCAGCUGCCACAUCGAGCCACACAGGACGAAGGACUCCGGCUCAGUCUGUCACCCCUCCUCUGGCAUAUUCAGUCCCAGUCUGGCAGACAACUGGACCCCCGAGAGGCACACAGUCCAGCGCUCUGAACGUUGAGGAUCCUUGUAUCAUCUGCCAUGAUGACAUGAGUCCUGACGACAUCUGUGUGCUGGAGUGCAGACACAGCUUCCAUAAUAAGUGUAUCCGGUCGUGGCUGAAGGAGCAGAGCACCUGUCCCACCUGCAGAGACCACGCUCUGCUGCCGGAGGAAUUCCCCGCGCUGACUGGCCGGAGACGUCCAUGAUGAUAAACCCCUCCCCCCCCUUCUUUUCUUACAUGCAUGUUUUUAUCAUUAUUAUCUUAACCACUUGUUUGAUUAAAACCCUCCCCUCAUACCCAGCUUUCA